UGCGGGUCACGUGACAGCAGGCUGUGGGACGUGGAGCAGCGCGAGCAGGCUGAGAGGAGGAGGGGGAUGUCGAACUGUGUGAAGGUGGUCCUCAGUGUCGGUGGUUAAUGUGAUGUAAAGAGACGACGCUGCCCGAGAGUGUCUCUGUGUGUGAGGAGUGUGUGAUCAGUGUGUGCUCAGCGUGUGUGUGUGAGGAGUGUGUGGAGAUGAAGCUGAACGAGCGGAGCGUGGUACACUAUGCCACAUGUGGCGUUCCUGCGGAUAAGUGUGGGUUCCUGCUGAAGAAGAGCGAGCGCAGUGGGACGUUCCAGCGCAGAUGGUGUGUUCUGAAGGCGAACCUGCUGUUCCUGUUUGAGGAGCGCGGGCGUGGGCGUGAGCCCCUGGGGCUGGUGGUGUUGGAGGGCUGCACCGUGGAGUUGUGUGAGAGCGAGCACGUGGACUUCGCCUUCUCCGUCCGCUUUGGCCCAAGCCACGCCCACACACUGGCGUCCGACUCGCAGGCCGAGAUGGAGGACUGGGCCAAGGCUCUCGCCCGCGCCAGCUUCCAGUACCUGCGCCUGGUGGUGCGUGAGCUCGAGAAGCAGCUGGAGGAGGCGCAGAAGAGGCAGGAGAGCGGGGCGGUGGGCGGGGACACAGGCGGGGGCGGGGGCGGGGCAGCGCUCCGUCCUGAUCCGAUCAGCAGGGAGAACGGAAUUUCCUGGAAUGAAGCGUCCAAUACUGCAGAACUUGGACUCGUGGGAAGAGAGAGCAGUGUGAGCUGGAGCAGAGCCACCGUGGCUAACGGGGUGGCCUGGGAGGGUGAGUGUGUGCCCAGGGGUCGUCCUCCGCCCGUCCCCCCACGCAGGAAAAGCCCACCUGAUGUGAGUGUGGCUCACGGAGAGGUGGGCGUGUCCCCCGGGACCACCUGCUUCUCCAAACUGCACGACUGGUACGGAAAGGAAGUGGCUCAGAUCCGGAACGAGUGGCUGCAGAGUCAGUAGCAGUGUGAGUGUGAGUGUGAGUGUGUGUGUGUGUGUGUGUGUGUGUGUGCAAGAGAGAGACUUUAACACCAGCGUGCAAGUCUGCUGAGAUGAGGAGAAGAGUGUGUGGAGUAAACAUGUUCCAGUCUCGGGUUGUCUGAUCGAACUUCCACCUCAGUGUGUAUAAACACAUGAUGGACAGAUGGAGGUACAGAGGAAAUAUUGUGGGGUGUGUGUGUGUGUGUGUGUGUGUGUGUGAAGAGAGAGAGAGAGAGAGAGAGAGGAUGAUAACGUCUGGAGAAAGUGCUAUCAUUACAGUGCCUUUUAUGUGUCAUUGGUUCACCCACCAUAUACUGAAAAAAAGAAAUAGUGCCAACAAUAAACUGCACCAAUCAGUGAUGAGCAUGGUGGUAGCUCCACCCAUUUUGUGUUGUUAGCUCCACCCCCUCAGACAUGUUACUCAUGCCCGGUGCUUGUUUUUAACAUCGAGCUGGAAAAGCACAGUGCCAAAACUUUGGGAAACAAAUGUUUAUUUCAGUGUUAUUAAUAAUAAUCAUCAUAAUAAUGUGUGUGUGUGUGUGUGUGUGUGUGUGUGUGUGUGUGUGUGUGAGAGAGAGAGAGCUGGAGCUGGCCUUCAGCUGAGUGAAAGGUUAUUGAUUCAGAGUGUGAGAGCACACUGUCAUGUUUAUUGUUUAAACACAUGAUUGACAUUGUCUAUAUACAUUUCUUAAUGGUGGUUGUUUCCAUGGUUACAUAUAGCUAGUCAUCUUAUUAUUCACUUAAAGAGUUACCUCAGAUUUACAUUUCUGUCCCAUUACACACACACACACACACACACACACACACACACACACUUAUACACAUUUACAAGCAUACUUAUAGCCAUAUUUAACUGUAUACAAUCUAUUUUGUAAAAUAAACAACACAACAAACAA